CCCCGGCGCGUGCCCGCGCCGUUCUCCGCGGCGUCUCCCGCACCCAUGGCCGGCGUCAUCCGGCGGCUGGAUGAGGCCGUGGUGAACCGCAUCGCGGCUGGCGAGGUCAUCCAGAGGCCGGCUAACGCCAUCAAGGAGAUGAUCGAGAACUGUUUGGAUGCUAAAUCUACAAGUAUCCAGGUAAUAGUUAAAGAAGGUGGUUUGAAGCUCAUCCAGGUCCAAGAUAACGGCUGUGGUAUCAGAAAAGAAGAUCUGGACAUUGUGUGUGAGAGAUUUACUACGAGUAAACUGCAAAAAUUUGAAGAUUUGGCUAGUAUUUCUACAUACGGUUUUAGGGGCGAGGCAUUGGCGAGCAUCAGUCAUGUUGCCCAUGUUACAGUAACAACUAAAACAGCUGAUGCAAAGUGUGCAUUCAGAGCUACUUACAGUGAUGGAAAAAUUAAAGCCCCUCCGAAACCCUGUGCUGGAAACCAAGGAACUCAGAUCACAGUUGAAGAUCUCUUUUACAACGUAAAUACAAGGAGAAAAGCUUUAAAAAAUCCAAAUGAAGAAUAUGCAAAAAUACUAGAAGUUGUUAGCAGGUAUGCCAUUCAUAACUCAGGCAUCAGCUUUUCAGUUAAAAAGCAAGGUGAUACCAUGUCAGAUGUUAGAACCCUAUCAAAUGCCUCAACAGUGGACAACAUUAGAUCCAUCUUUGGAAAUGCUGUUAGCAGGGAACUGAUAGAAGUGGGCUGUGAAGAUGCAAAUCUGGCCUUUAAAAUGAAAGGUUACAUCACGAAUGCAAACUACUCUGUGAAGAAAUGUAUAUUUUUACUCUUCAUAAACCAUCGGUUGGUAGAGUCAGCUGCUUUGCGGAAAGCCAUAGAAACUGUGUACGCUGCUUAUUUGCCAAAAAGUACCCACCCAUUCCUAUACUUAAGUCUGGAAAUAGCCCCACAAAACAUAGAUGUGAACGUGCACCCUACAAAACACGAAGUCCAUUUUCUUCAUGAAGACAGUAUUCUAGAGCGUGUGCAACAACAUGUGGAGAGCAAGUUAUUGGGCUCUAAUUCUUCAAGGAUGUACUUCACUCAGACAUUGCUUCCAGGGCCUGACUGUUCUUCCAGUGAGGUUGUAAAGUCAGCAGCCAACUCUUCUGUGGUUACCAAAGGAACCGGUGAUAAAGUUUACGCGCAUCAGAUGGUCCGCACUGAUUCCCGAGAGCAGAAAUUGGAUGCUUUUCUUCAGCCAGUGAACAACCCUCCAAAUACAGGCCCUACUGAAGUGACAGCAGAGGUUAAUGCAGGACCUCUGAAGGCUGCAAGCAGACCACAGGAUGCUGAAAUGGAAGAAGUCAGUGAUGUGGUUGAAAUGGCUGAUGUUCAGGAGGACGUAGGGAAGCCUGGAGGGCUGAGUGAGAGUGGGCACUUGUCUCCUGAGUCAGUGCCUUCUCGAAAGAGACCACGGGAAGACAUAGACAUAGAAACGGAGAAAGAUGACACCAGAAAGGAGAUGACUGCUGCCUGCACCCCUAGAAGAAGAAUUAUCAAUUUGACCAGUGUAUUGACUCUCCAGGAGGAAAUAAGUAACCAGGGGCAUGCAAAACUUCAGGAGAUGCUACGUAAUCACUCCUUUGUUGGCUGUGUCAGUCCACAGUGGGCUCUGGCCCAGUAUCAGACAAAACUGUACCUUCUCAAUACAACAAAACUCAGCCAGGAACUCUUCUACCAGAUACUUAUUUACGACUUUGCAAACUUUGGAGUCUUAAGGUUAUCUGAGCCAGCUCCUUUAUAUGAGCUUUCAAUGCUUGCUUUAGAGGAUCCUGAAAGUGGCUGGACAGAAGAAGAUGGCCCAAAAGAAGGGCUUGCUGAGUACAUUGUGGAAUUUCUGAAACAGAAGACUGAGAUGUUGAAGGAUUAUUUUUCUCUCGAAUUUGAUGAGGAAGGAAAUCUUAUUGGGUUACCACUUCUGAUAGACAACUACGUUCCACCAAUGGAAGGACUGCCCAUGUUUAUCCUUCGAUUGGCCACAGAGGUAAACUGGGAUGAAGAAAAGGAGUGUUUUGAAAGCCUAAGCAAAGAACUUUCCAUGUUCUACUCCAUCAGAAAGCAGUAUAUAAUAGAUUAUGCCAACCCAACAAACUCUCAGAAUGAAGAUUCUGACUCUGGUUCAAAACCAUGGAAAUGGACUGUGGAACAUGUGCUUUACAAAGCUUUUAGAACUCAUCUUUUGCCUCCCGAACACUUCGCAGAAGAUGGCAACAUUUUGCAGCUUGCUAACCUGCCUGACCUGUAUAAAGUUUUUGAAAGAUGUUGAGCAAGUAGUUAUUAACGACUGGUUUUUUUAGAUAGGCACCAUUCCUGUUAUGUUCAGUUUUUCAUAGUAAAAGAUAAAGCCGGAAUCUUGAUGGAGGAAAGAAAAAGAGGGGAUUUAGUAUCAUACUAAACUACUAACAUGACAGCAAAUGGUCUAUUUUCCUUCUGUUGAUCAAAGUAUAAAAAGAAUAAUUUUAGCUUUGUCUAAACCCAAUCAAAGUUUCUAAAAUAAAAUCUCCACGUAUGCUC